AUGUGGCUUAUCACGACAUGCCCAGCAAAUCGAAGUGACGCAAAAUUUCGCCAUGCCUUCAAUGUGACAAAAUUAUAUGCCAGGACAUUUAUCGCGGGGAAAUUCUUUGUCUUCCCCUGUUCCUCUUCCACUACUGCGAACAUGGUUGACAAAGGAUCAACUGUUACAUACAGGGGCGCAUCGCAAGAUGCAGAUGCGAAAAGCCUCCGGUCGGAGACAGCCCCGCGACCAGAUGAAGAAUUCGCAGACCCUUUGGCUGCGCCAUUGAAGCGCCAGCUGAAAUCGCGACAUUUGCAGAUGAUUGCGAUUGGAGGAAUUAUCGGGCCGGGUCUGCUGGUGAGCUCGGGAAAUGCGUUGGCUGAGGGUGGACCCGCGGGCGCGUUGAUCAGCUUUUCACUGGUCGGGAUUAUUGUCUUUUUUGUAAUGCAAUCGCUGGGCGAAAUGGCCACUUUGAUCCCAGUGACAGGGUCAUUUACGGAAUAUGCUGAGCGUUUCAUCGACGAUUCUCUUGCAUUUGCACUCGGAUGGGCGUAUUGGUACUUGUGGGUGACGGUCCUCGCCAAUGAAUACAAUGCUAUAUCGCUGGUUAUCGGAUACUGGACAGACGCAGUACCACAAUGGGGAUGGAUUCUUAUUUUCUGGGUGAUGUUCCUCACGCUUUCCAAUCUGGGCAUUUUGGCAUAUGGAGAGAUGGAAUUCUGGCUUUCUCUCAUUAAAGUUUUGGCGCUGAUAGUCUUCUUCAUUCUUGCCAUCAUCAUCAGCUCAGGUGGCAUUGGACCGAAACAAAUUGGCUUUGAAUACUGGCAUAAUCCGGGGGCAUUCGCAGACUCAAUCAAUGGAGUUGCAAAGACCUUUGUUGUUGCGGGAACGCUCUAUGCUGGAACGGAAAUGGUUGGAAUUACGGCUGGAGAGUCGGCAAAUCCGCAAAAGGCAGUACCCAAGGCCAUUAAGCAGGUCUUUUGGCGUAUUUUGAUUUUCUACGUUGGUACCAUAUUUUUCAUUGGCAUCCUAAUUCCAUGGAAUGAUGAUAGACUGCUAGGGUCGACCUCGAAGACUGCUAGCUCCCCUUUGACGAUCUCGUUGCAAGACGCCGGGAUUCUUCCUGCUGCUCACUUGAUCAACGCCUUGAUCGUGAUCAGUGUCAUUUCUGCAGGAAACAGUUCCCUAUAUGUGGCAUCAAGAACAUUGCUCUUCAUGUCUCGGAAUAGAAAGGCACCGAAGUUCAUCGGACGAACAAAUAAACUUGGAGUACCAUGGAUUGGCUUGAUAUUCACAAAUGUCUUUGCCUGCAUCGUGUUCUUGGGCCAAUCCUCCAGUGCUGGCCGAGUUUACUCGGCCUUAAUUACUCUUUCUGGCGUGUGUACAUUCAUAGUGUGGUCCGUGAUCGGAAUUGCACACAUUCGCUUCCGCCAAGCUCUGGUCGUGCAGGGCCAAGAUCCAUCGAAGCUCCCCUACCAAGCCAUAUUCUACCCCUAUGGAACAUAUCUCGCAUUGGCAGCCAAUGUGUUCCUCAUCUUCUUCCAAGGGUACACGUGUUUCCUCAACCCUUUCAGCUCUACCGAUUUCGUGAUCAACUAUAUUCUACUCCCGGUGUUCCUCUUUUCCGUUCUGGGCUACAAGUUUUGGAACAAGACUCGACUGGUCAAACUGGAAGACAUGGAUAUCUGGACUGGGCGAAGGGAAAUAGUCCAAUCCGAUGAGGGCGAGUCGCCCGAAUCACGAACCUGGUGGUCUCGCAUCUACUCGAUCGUUAUCGGAUAA